UGGAGGAGUCGACUGAAACGAUACGAACACCCCUAUACACCAAACGCAUUUAGACCAUGCGAGAGGACGCUAAUGACAUCGACCAUUUGGCGGGCAGAGGGGACGCGCCCUAUCAACUUUGCAAGUACAAAGGAUGUCAAGAUGCGCGUGAUCCGAACGGCACAGAUUGUCGCCGCGCACGUCUGGAUUUAGUCUUUCGUUUCGAGCUGGGUGCCUCAAUUGGUCUGGUGAAUGCUCCAUCCCUUUCCGAGGCGCUCGAGGACCUCUGGUACAUGCGUCUUGGUGACGACGUGCGCGGCGAUAUCGCCCGCAUUCUUGGGGUCGAUUUGGCUAGUGUGAAGGGCAUAGCGCAGAAGAAACACGCAUUGACCCACACCGUACGUCUUCGAUUCGUCUUUCAUGACGCGAAAGUAGUUGUUGAAAGCCAAAUCUUUGUCUUGAAGGACGAGCGAGCAAGCACCUUGCCACCACGCUUUGGCGUCUGCGCGGCGACCUGCGGGAUAUUCAAUCCCUGCAAGGUAGAAGGGUGAUGCUGUCAGCGUCAAAUCGCACCUCGUUGCACGCGCACCGGGUCGCGACACUCACUGAAUAGGCGUCUGUUCGGCAUUUGUGCCUGGACGUAGGUGGCCAUCGCGAAGGCAAUCACCAGCGAAAGGAUGGGAGC